GAGAACUUUGAGUAGGGGGAGUGGAAAAAUUCAUUCAGGAGGUGUCAUUUCGUGUUGUGCUUGCAAGAGAUUCAGUGCAAUUUUGUGUUCAAUUUUCUUUGAGUUUCUCAAUUGUGUGUUUUUUUUUUGAGAAAAGAGAUAGUGCUCCAAUGAUCCAAGAGGACUGUGAUAUUUUCAUAGGAAAUCUCAGUUGUGUGUGCGAAUGACAAUUAUUGGAGAAAUUGUGUGAAAAAUCCCCAGUUUUGUGUGUACAAAGUGCUUCAGGGUUUUCCUCCUUUAUUUCGGCAGCAGAUAUCCCAGGAAAAUGACAAAAUUGACUGAGGAAAUGGUCAUUGCACGGACCAGACAAUCGGAUCUGUCCACAGUGAAGAAACUCAAUUGUUGGGGCAGCGAAUUAACCGAUGUGUCUAUUAUUCGUCGCAUGCGUGGCGUAGAAGUGUUGGCUCUCAGUGUGAAUAAAAUAAGUAGCUUGGCCGAUUUUGAGAACUGCCAAAAUUUGCAAGAACUCUACCUCAGACGGAACAAUAUAAAGGAUUUAUCGGAAUUGGCGUAUCUGCAGAGUUUGCCAAAUUUAAAGUAUCUCUGGAUCGAAGAAAAUCCAUGUGUUGAACGAGCAGGUCCAAGCUACCGAGCUAUUGUGCUUAGAACUUUGCCAAAUCUGCUUAAAUUGGACAAUAUUGAGGUGACUCCGGAGGAAUUGGCUGAUGCUAGGAGGGGUUCUGUUAAGAGGGAUGAUGUCAUAUAUGAAGAUUCAUCAUAUAAUGAGACACCAUCAUCGCAAAAUCAACAGCAAUCUCAGUAUCGUCAACAGAGUCCAAUGCGAGAGAAUCAGAGUCUCGAAAAUACUGAGGAAUCUAUAAGUGAUCCAAUUGAUAGAAAUUCAAUUCCAUCAUCUCCAAUUCAGAGGAGUCCUUCGAAUCAGGAACAGUAUUCACCACCAGAGACAAAUCAACCACCUUCACCGCGAUAUCAACGAGAUCAUCGAGGCUCCUACAAUCAGUAUGAUGUCUCAAUGAGAUCACCUGGAUCUGAUCAGGAGGCAUCUCCAGCCACUGGAUAUCGCGACCGUGUGCCAAUUGCGCCAUCAAUGUCUACACAUUCGAUGAAGGAGUACUAUCAGUCUGACUACCAGAAGCCACAUCCGGCUCAGUAUCGUCACAGCCAGAUGGACCUGACGGAGUGGGAUGAGCACCAGCAGCAGCAUCAUCAGGGUGGCCAUCCUGGUCGUCGGAAUGGGGGCACAGAAGCACCCCGUGAUCCUUAUGCAUAUCGCAAUGGGAAUGCCAAUCGUGAGGAAUGGGAUGACAAUGUGGAAGUUCGUCGGAGGGAACGUCGCUCCGAGGGAAGGUUCAAUGAUAGUGCUAGUGUGGUUUCCAAUGCCGUUCUCAAUCACUAUGCCAGUUACCAUCGACGGCCCGUGAACAGGAAUGCAAACCUACUUUCGGCCACUCUUUGCCUGGUGAAGGAACUGGACUAUCCUAGUUUGGAAGUUGUUGAGCAUGCUGUUCGAUGUCGAAUUGAUGAAUUGGCCACGGAUUGAGGACGAUACAAGGUUUCCUCCUUCAGUUUCUUUCCUUUUAACAAAUAUCUCUUUCAAAAGUAAUUUCAUUCCGAGCGAAACAGACUUUUCUCAUACCAAAAUGAGAACAAUAACUAAUCAUAGUAUCUUGUAGGGAUGAGAUAUUGAACUUUAUGAGAAAUUUUCAUGAAGGAUCUCAUACCCAAGAAAUCAAGACAAAGAGGAAAUAAUGUAGGAGUUUUUUUUUUUGAGAGAAAUUGAAUAUUUUUCCACAACAAAAAUUGCCAAUAACAAAUUUUUGCGCUCCUUAAUUGGAUUUAUUUUAUCCAUUUAUCAAUUAACACGUACGAAUGAGACAAAUACUUAAAGAAUAAAAAAAAAUAAUGAAUUUGAAAUAAUUUUUUUUCAAACAUUUUAACGUGCAAUUUAUCACAUUUUAAUAUAACUUGUAAUAAUUGCUUUAGAGCAAGAUUAUGCAAAUUGUGAGAUAAAAAGAAUUUUUUGUAAAUUGCAAAUAGUGUUGUCUCUAUGGACAUUCAUGUGAGAUAAAAUGAAAGAUAAAAAAAAGAAAAUAUUUUAAUAAUACUAGAAGUGAGAGGGAUUUUUUGUACUUGAUUAUUAAUUUUGUUUUUGCCUCCGAAGUGACUUAGAAGUGACUGCAGUGAAAUUGAUUAAGCAUCACUGAUUCUUUUUUUACCAAUUUACCUAAUGUAGUUUCUUAUUUCGUUGUUAUAGUCAUUGUACUCGAAAGAAACAUGAUAUUAUGUAUUUCCUUGUGGACAGAAGUGAACUUUCGAAAUAAUAGGGCAUUCGAAAGUCUCUUCGAAGAUUUAUCCAAGUUUCAAUUUUUAGAAGAUUUCGGAAAUCAAUCGUUCUUCAACUUUUCUGAAGACCAUUUUCUUGUCUCACAAACCUACUCGGUGCUCCAUUGCCAUUGUUUCUGUAUCUUCGAAAAUAUACAUCAAGUUGACCUCUGAAAAUUUUUGUCGUAUAUACGUUAUUUAAUAGUUUAUUUAUCGAUUUAAAAAAUUAAGGAAAAUCGAUUUUUUGACCUUGCAAUUCUGGAAAUCCCCUUAAUCCUCUCGUUCGGUAAUAACCGUAAUAACCUUCCCGAUUUGAGAACUCUUCCCGUACCGAUUCGAAGGUAUAUCAGAGAGAACUUAUCUAAAAAGCCGUUGGAAGUUCGAACGUUUAAACCGACGAGUUACACAAAAGUGAGUAAGUUCAUGAAAUGGACAUCUAUCAUAAUAAAAUUGCAAUUAAAACGUUCUGCCAUCCUGAAAUUCCACAAAACUACACAAAAUUCACUUUUUGCAGCAAACUUUGCACACUGUUGAUAUUGUUGACGAUUGAAGUGUUAAGAAUAUCGAAAUUCGAAAUUGCAGAACAAUCAGCGCUAAAGCGGCGAGUACAUGAACUUGCACUUUAGGCUUCCGGUAGAUUUUCGAAUAGGUUUGGCUUGGCUUUGGAGUGGCUUUGUCUCUUCGAAAGGUUAUUACUCAACGGAGCCAAUGAAUCUAUCCUAUGUCACACGGCAAUAUCAAUUUUAAUAAUUAGUCUUGUAUGCUUAACAUUUCCUCAAAAGAGCUAUAUUCCUCUCGUUCAGUAAUAACCUUCCUGAUUUGAGAGCUUUCUCCUGUUGAGAUUUUUACUGUAGCGAUUCGAAGGUAUAUCAGGAAGAAUUUCCAUAAAAACCGGUAAAAGUUCGAACGUUUAAGCCGACAUGUUACACAAAAGUGAGUAAGUUCAUCAAAAGCACAUUUUACUGAAAUUGGAAAUCAAACGUUCUACCAUCCUGAAAUUCCACAAAACAGCAUCAAAAUUCGCCUUUUGCAGCAAACGUUUCCACACUGUUGUUGAUAUUGUUGACGAUUGAAGUGUCAAGAAUACCGAAAUUCGAAAUGGCAGAACAAUCAGCGCUAAGGCAGCGACUACGUGAACUUGCACUUUAGGCUUUCGGUAGAUUUUCGAAUAAUUUUGUCUCGGCUUUGGAGUGGCUUUGUCUCUUCGAAAGGUUAUUACUGAACGGAGCCAUUAUGAAUAAGGUUUAUAAAGAACAUAGAGAAAAAAAUGAGUAGUUCGAAGGGGGAGUCUGAAUUCAAUAGUUAAAAAUUCGCUGUAUUUUUCGAUUUUUUUUUUUUUUUGAAAAGAAGCAAACGAGCAAGUUUCAUGAUUUUUUUGUUAUACGUUUAUAUACGUCUUUAAAGUGGUUAAAUAUUAUUUCGAAAAAAAAAGAUGACGGACUAAUAAGCGAUUCACUGGAGCGUCUCGUUGCAGCGGUCCCUAACUGACGGGAAAUAUGCAGCUCGUAAUUCUUGUCUGAGAAAGAAAUUUCAAUUUUCAUCAUCAUCAUCAUUUUCAACCGCUUAUCCCUAUUGGGGUUGUGGGCCCAGGACAUCCAAUUUAGCAGCCCAUGCUUGUCGAUCCUCCGCCACUUAAAUUUAUCGGUCUUUGUGUUAAUACAUCCAAAAAUAAAUAAAUAUUUAAAAGCAAAAUUAAUUCAUUGACUAUUCGAAGAUUACAUACAUAAUUUUAAUUAAUUUAUUUGCAUGGCCGAAAUUACACUCAAAGUGGCCGAAAUUAGAAGCUGGCCGAAAUUUGGCACACUUCUCCUAAUUUGCCCUCUGAACUUUUUAAAUAGCUGAAAAAAUGCAUAUUUUGGGGAAAAAUAUUGACUUUGGCUUGCUCUAAAAAUUAAAAAUCAUUAGAUUAAAAUCAUUUAGGUUCAACUAGAAGGAAUUUAAUCCCAAAGAGAAUAAUCGUUUACUCAUUCCAAUCGGUCAUAAUUAUUUUUACUAUAAUUACCGACAAUUCGACUAAUUGUAAAAUUGAAAACUGCAGGAAACGCACCUCAAAGUUGUAGUUAUUCGCCCAAACGUUCGCUAAUCUGCUCGGCGCUCAUUUGCCUGCGUCUCUGUAUCUUUGAAAAUCCGCAAUUAUUCUCGAUUUAAGAAAAAAAAAACGAUUUUUGACCUUGUAAUUCAGGCUCCCUCCUUAAAUCGUUCAAAUGUACCGCAUUUUCCUCUAGUGUGUUUCUAAGGUAAAUUUUAUAAAAGCUGUAUUUUGUAAGGAUCUUCGUUGGUUUGAAGAGGCGGAAAAGGCGAACUGGAAACUGGACACAAGUGAGUCGAGUAAUUUUCACUCAGCUCACACUCUUGCUACAUUUUACCCCAGUUGUCACUUACAUAAAAAAAUCUAAUUAGAAAACCUAUCGAAAGAUCCUAAACCGGAUAACGAAUUCGUAUUCAGCAAAUCUAUAUAAAGUCGAUGAAGAUGGUGAAAAUUGAACUUUUAAUAGAAUUUCAUAUACAAAUGCCUUUCUAACAUCGAAAGUUUACUUCUGACCACAAGGAUACUUUCACGCGACAAUUUUUGUCUAUUAAAAAUUAUUUGCGUGGAUAGAAAACGAUUGAAGGGUCCGCAGAGAAGGGAUUUCUCUGUUAAAGUUGUUGAGUAGUGGGAAAAGCAAAAAAAGGAAAUCUGUUGAUUGUUGAAUGAAGGAUGAGGAAUGAGCUUUGAAAGUAAACAUCCUCUGUUUUUUGCUAAUUAACAUUCAGGUUGAUAACUGUUGAUUGAAUUUUUACAUAUAACGUCCAUUUAAUGGCUUUUUAGCGAGUUAAUACGAUACACUCACACAUUUUUUUCUUUCUUUGGAAUGUUUUUUAUGGUUCUUUUUCCAAACUAAAGUGUGUGAGUAAGAAAAUUGUAAAAAAGAGAGUCAAGGGCUUAAAAAUGAAUAAAGAAAAAAAUCUGAGAAUAUAAGGA